AUGGCAAUGAUUGAUGUCUCAAGACAGAGGAGGUCGCUCCUUGCGGACGCGAGCGUGUUAGAACUUUUGCCCGCAGAAAUACUGGCAAUUAUUCAGACAGAGUCCUCGACGAAGCUGCUCGAUGCUAUUGCUGAGGCAGCUCUUUGCCCACCACUUACAGAGCGUAUCUUUGCGCAUUUCGAGCACGUCUUCCCAGACGUUUGUGCUCGAUGGAUUCUCAACCCUGGCAAUGAACAAAAACACAUACGAAUAUACUCGGCACUAGCACGUAUUCUUCCUUUUGCACCAUAUCUAUCAACCUUCAUCGAAUACGCCUCUUCCACUGCCGAACAGCCGACUAAUUCACACUCUCUACGACUCCCACCCUUGAAACUCGACCAGGAUGCCAUUACUCAAGACGGCGAUGUCCUCUUACAGAGCCUUCUUGUCGCUUGGAGGCUGAUCAGCUUCGACUCGCGCAACUUUGGCCCCCUGACAUCGGCCGCUUUCAUGCAGACCCUUUUUAAUCAUCAAAGUACAGCAGUUCGUUAUCUCGCGACCAGGAUAUUCAUUCAACUUCUUCAUGGGUCAGAUUGGAAGCUCGAAUCUCUCAUCCAGGAACAUAUCGGCAAGAGCGAGGCUAUCCUCGCAGACUUUGAUGGCAGAUCGAUUGAUUAUGGGUUUCUGUCGUUGUACGAACAGUCUCGAGUGAAGUCUUUCCUAACUUUGCGCCAAGAAGUACAGGCUGCUCACGAAGCCGACGGCAAUGACUCCCCGUACCUACAGGCUCUAACGCCUUACGUUGUUUCCUAUGGCAAUGCCAUUCUCCCCAGACCUCUGGGCCCAACCGGGGAGCCCUCAAAUCUAGUACUCACUCCCACGACCAUCUCCAACUUGGAGAAGCUGGCGACCAUGCUACGAGAACCCGACCCAGUCAUGCUUCAUGGCGCGCCUGGAGUUGGCAAGACUGCCUUGGUUCAUGAAAUCGCCAAACAACUUGGCAUGUACUCGAACAUGGUCACACUGCAUCUUAACGAACAGACAGACGCCAAGAUGUUGAUCGGCCUAUACUCAACCGACACGAAGCCCGGCAGUUUCCAGUGGCGUGCUGGUGUCUUGACUACGGCAGUGAAAGAAGGUCGAUGGGUGUUGGUGGAGGAUCUGGACCGAGCCCCCACCGAGGUUUUGAGCACGCUGCUCCCCCUUAUCGAACGACAAGAACUUCUUAUUCCAAGUCGAGGCGAAAGAAUACGCGCAGCAAGCACUUUCCGACUUUUUGCAACGGUGCGGACGUCACGAGGUAUGAAUGGACGGGAAAACCUGCCUAGCAUGGUUGGAAUGCGAUUCUGGCAGACCUUGAAUACCCAAGCCCUCGCGGCCUCCGAGCUUGAAGAUGUUAUAGUUCAGACGUACCCCAUCCUGCGAAGGCUUGUCCCGGAUAUUCUUGCAGUGUACACCCGUCUGUCCCAAUUCAGCAACAAACCUGGCGCAUUGACUCGGGGUCGCAAUGUGAUGGACCGCCAGAUGACGUUGCGCGACUUGCUGAAAUGGUGCCGCAGAUUGCGCGAGUCUUUGAUCGCCGCCGGCUCGAAGACAGGGGAGGAAGCGAUCACCAAUACGACAGAAGACCAAAUGUUCAUGGAGGCGGUUGAUUGUUUUGUUGGAAGCUGCCCUGAUCCACAGAUCGGCAAAGACCUCGUCUUUGCGAUUGCCGAGGAGAUGCGCGUUCCAAAGUCAAGAGUCGAAUAUUAUUUGUCAACUCAUAUACCCCCUUUGCAGGAGAGCGAAAACCAGUUCAGCAUUGGCCGCGCAGUAUUGCGCAAGAAGAAGCAAUCCAACAGGGUACAAAAGUCAAAGCGGCCAUUCGCAAGCACGGCGCAUGCCAAAAGGCUGUUGGAGCAAAUUGCUGUCGCAGUCAAACUCAACGAAGCUGUCCUCCUUGUCGGAGAAACCGGUAUCGGUAAGACUACAGUGGUACAACAACUGGCCGAGUCCUUAGGCCACAAGCUUGUUGCUGUAAACCUGUCCCAACAGAGUGAGGUUGGUGACCUUCUCGGUGGCUUCAAGCCUGUCAAUACCAGAACAUUGGCCAUGCCCCUCAAGGAAGAGUUCGAGGAUCUGUUCUCAGCUACCGGCAUCUCUGCGUCCAAAAACCAAAAGUACCUCGAACAGGUCGGCAAAUGUUUUGCCAAGGGACAAUGGUCAAGGGUGUCUAAACUGUGGAAGGAAGCCCCCAAGAUGUUUAACAAGAUUGUAAAAGAGCUCGAACGAGUUCAGGCUGAACAAACAGAGACUCGAGAUGGAGAUGAGCAGCCUACCAAGCGUCGAAAGACUCAGUCCAAGCUGCAAACCCUGCUUGAUCUGCGUCCGCGGUGGGAUCUGUUUGCCCGCAAUCUCGAGCAGUUCGAUGUUCAGAUCUCUGGAGGCUCUGGCAGCUUUGCCUUUUCUUUCAUGGAGGGAAAUCUUGUCAAGGCUGUGCGCAACGGUGACUGGGUUCUUCUCGAUGAGAUCAACCUUGCUUCUCCUGAUACCCUUGAAAGUAUCGCCGAUCUCUUAACCGGCCCCGAGGAGAGACCAUCUAUUCUCCUGUCGGAAACCGGCGAGAUCGAGAAGAUUGAGGCUCAUCCCAAUUUUAGAAUCUUCGGUGCCAUGAACCCUGCAACCGAUAUUGGAAAGCGAGAUUUACCAGUUGGAAUCCGCUCCAGAUUCACCGAAGUUUAUGUUUCCAGCCCAGACAAGGAUAUCAAAGAUCUGCUCAACAUCAUUAAGACUUAUCUCGGUAAUAGUAGCAGCAAGAAUGACCAAGCAGCAGAUGACAUCGCGCGUCUCUAUCUCAACACCAAGCGAUUGGCAGAAGAGAAAAGAUUGGUCGAUGGAGCGAAUGAAGUACCUCACUUCAGUCUUCGUACCCUGACCCGAGUUCUGAGCUAUGUGAAUACCAUUGCACCAUACUAUGGUUUGCGAAGGGCUCUCUACGAGGGUUUCGCAAUGGGCUUUCUUACACUGCUUGAUAGAGAGUCGGAAAAGAUGCUUGUGCCCUUGAUAUCCCACCAUAUUUUCGAGAGUCACGGCAACCCCCAGUCAUUGCUUUCUCAAACACCAAAACACCCCAACGAUGGUAAACAAUAUGUACCCUUCAAGAACAAGAACCGGGACAGACAAUACUGGCUCUUCCAGGGCAACGAAACACCCAUUGAGCGGGACGACUACAUUAUUACUGCUUACGUUGAGCGCAACCUUCUGAACCUUGUCCGUGCAACCUCGACAAGGCGGUUCCCAAUUCUUAUCCAAGGUCCAACCUCUGCCGGAAAGACAAGUAUGAUCGAGUACCUUGCAAACUUCACUGGAAACAAGUUUGUGCGUAUCAACAACCACGAGCAUACCGACCUCCAGGAGUAUCUUGGUACCUACAUCUCUGGGUCUGAUGGUAAGCUACGUUUCCAAGAAGGUAUUCUUGUGCAAGCAAUGCGCCAAGGUCACUGGAUUGUGCUUGACGAACUGAACCUGGCGCCAACCGACGUUCUUGAGGCCCUGAACCGUCUUCUGGAUGACAACCGGGAGCUCUUGAUUCCCGAAACUCAAGAGAUCGUCAGACCACAUGAAAAUUUCAUCUUGUUUGCUACACAGAACCCUCCUGGUCUAUACGGUGGCAGAAAGGUGCUUUCAAGAGCGUUCCGUAACAGAUUCCUAGAGCUGCACUUCGAUGACAUACCUGAAGAUGAGUUGGAGUUUAUUCUCCAACAACGAAGUCGGAACACCUCUCCUCCUGAUUGUCGAAGAAUCGUCACUGUCUAUAAGGAACUGUCGAGACUUCGUCAAACAAGUCGACUUUUCGAACAAAAAGAUAGUUUUGCUACACUUCGAGAUCUGUUCCGUUGGGCCUUGCGAGAGGCGGAGACACGCGAAGAAAUUGCUUGUCACGGAUUCAUGCUGCUUGCAGAAAGGGUUCGCGAGGAGGAGGAGCGCAUUGCUGUCAAGGAGAUCAUCGAGAAGGUCUUCAAAGUCAAGAUCGAUCCUCAGAAUCUGUACUCUGCCACUGUGGCUCCUGAGCUGAAGCAGUUCACAAGCCAGAAGAACAGUCAGGGAGUUGUAUGGACCCAUGCAAUGCGCCGACUCUAUGUUCUUGUAUCUCGAGCAUUACGCAACAACGAGCCUGUAUUGCUAGUGGGCGAAACAGGUUGCGGCAAGACUACUGUCGUUCAGCUGCUGGCCGAGGCAUUGAAAAGAGAGCUCCAUAUCGUCAAUGCUCAUCAGAACACCGAGACGGGCGAUCUGAUUGGUUCGCAAAGACCUGUUCGUAACCGUGGAGCCAUCAUCGAUGCUAUGGACGUGGACUUGAAGUCGGUUCUGCAGACACUUGGCUUAGAUAUCUCCGGCUCGGUUGAAGAGCGCUUGGAGCGAUACAAGGCAUUGGAUUCUUCGAUCAUCAACAGCAUUCCACAAGACGCCCGGGAGCGAAUUAGUGCCAGCGAGACGCGAAGCAAAGCUUUGUUUGAAUGGGCAGACGGAAGUCUCGUAGAGUCGAUGCGAGAUGGCCACUUUUUCCUCCUGGAUGAAAUCUCCUUGGCUGAUGACUCAGUUCUGGAGCGUCUUAACUCCGUGCUGGAACCUUCGCGAACACUUCUCCUCGCCGAAAAGGGUGUUGAUAACUCCUUUGUUGUUGGAGCUGAUGGUUUCCAGUUCUUUGCCACCAUGAAUCCAGGUGGUGAUUUUGGAAAGAAGGAGCUGUCGCCUGCUUUGCGAAACCGAUUUACUGAAAUUUGGGUUCCCGCCUUGUCGCAGAGCGAAGACAUCUACGAGAUUGUCAAGACAAAGCUUAACAGCGACUCCAAGCAACUGACUGACAUCAUUGUUCAGUUUGCUGCUUGGUUCGGUGACACUUUCAGGUCCAUGGCGUCAGCGCCGUUCUCCGUCAGAGAAAUCCUGGUCUGGGUCCAAUUUAUCAACAACUUCCAAUCUAAUCAGCCUGUUGUUUCCCUGGUACAUGGUGCUUCGACUAUCUUCAUUGAUAGCAUCGGCGCCAACCCUUCUGCCAUUCUUGCUACCGAUCCGAAGUCACUCGGCCAGCAACGGCAGAAGUGUUUGGGCAAGCUGAGUGAGCUUAUUGGCGAGGAUAUCUCUGGGAUCUACGAGACACAGCCUGAGCUCUCUAUGGAUGAUACUUCUUUGACCAUUGGUCACUUCAGUAUCCCUCGGGCUUCCACAGGCGUUGCCGAUCCUGGAUUUGCUUUUCAUGCGCCCACUACUCGUUUGAACGCCAUGCGAGUCCUUCGAGCGCUCCAGAUGCAACGGCCGAUUCUGCUUGAGGGAAGUCCUGGUGUCGGUAAAACGACUCUUGUUGCAGCCUUAUCCCAAGCAUGCGGACAACCGCUGACUAGGAUUAAUUUAUCUGACCAAACCGAUUUGAUGGACUUGUUUGGUACUGAUGUCCCCGUGGAAGGAGCCGAGGCUGGCAACUUUGCUUGGAGAGAUGCCCCAUUCCUUCAGGCUAUGCAGAAGGGAGAGUGGGUUCUCCUGGACGAAAUGAACCUUGCUUCUCAGUCUGUACUGGAAGGUCUCAAUGCUUGUCUUGAUCAUCGAGGUGAGGUUUACAUCUCGGAGUUGGACCAAGUCUUCAAGCGUCACCCGGAUUUCCGUCUUUUCGCAGCUCAGAACCCUCAUCACCAGGGUGGUGGUCGCAAAGGAUUACCCGCCUCUUUUGUCAACCGUUUCAUCGUCGUCUACGCCGACGUCUUCUCAGACGACGAUCUGAACUUGAUUGCAGCACAUAACUACCCCAAGAUUGAACCACAGGCGAUCAGCCAACUGAUUCAGUUUGUGUCUCAACUCGACCACAAGCUGGCCAUCGAGAAGGCUUUUGGAAGCCAGGGAAGUCCUUGGGAGUUCAAUUUGCGCGAUGUCCUCCGCUGGUUGAAACUUCUCGACUCUUCUGACCCUCUGCUUCACAACGCCCAUGUUGAUGACUUCCUUGAUAUCAUUGUCCGACAGCGAUUCCGAUCACAGCGGGACCGCGAGGAAGUUGACAAUCUUUUUACGUUGAUUUCCGGAUCGCCGCCACGACAGCAUAGCUUGUACCAUGAUAUCAACCCAAUGUUUGGUCAAGUUGGGUUGGCUCUGCUCGACAGGCAUCCUCAUUCUCAACCUGAGCGACUCCCCAAUAUCGACAUUGUUCCUAGGCUGGCUGAGCUUGAGUCGCUCAUGAUUUGUGUCAAGCAAAACGUUCCUUGUAUUCUCAGCAGCCCUUCAGGCUACGGCAAGUCUGUUCUCUUGGAACAUGUCGCAGCUUUGGCCGGAAAACCUCUUGUGGUGUUCCCGAUGAACGCUGACAUCGAUACUAUGGAUCUAGUUGGUGGUUUUGAGCAGGCAGACCCCCUUCGUGAGGUUAACGCUGCUCUCAGAGCCCUCCAACAGGACCUGCAGAACUCGAUCAUGUCGGCAGUGCCAGAGGAUAUUCCCAACCAGGCGCUUCAUCUACUUCACUUGCUUGAUGGCUUUACUGGUGAUGUUGCAUCUCUUCCCGCCAUCACCGAAGCGGCCAAAGAGCUGCUUCAAAAGGUCCCUGAGGACUCCGAGGUCGCGACCACAUUGACCAAGGCGCUUGUUCCCCUGCAACAAAACUUGGUGUUGGAGAACCCUCGUUUUGAGUGGCUGGAUGGUGUCAUCGUCAAGGCCCUACAAAUGGGUCAGUGGCUGGUUCUUGACAAUGCCAACAUGUGUAACGCUUCCGUCCUGGAUCGUCUGAACUCCCUCCUUGAGCCAAACGGUUUCUUGAGCAUCAACGAGCAUUGCGGACCCGGCGGAGAACCUAGAAUUGUGCGACCACAUCCAGAAUUCCGCAUUUUCUUAACUAUGGAUCCCCGAUAUGGCGAGCUUUCCCGCGCAAUGCGGAACCGUGCUGUUGAAAUCCAUAUCCACACACCUCCUCCUGCCCUCGACCCCUCAUACACUAGAGUCGUGAGCGUGGAGAGCACCGAUGGAUCUGUCGAGAUUGUCGAGCGCGCUCUUGAGACCCUUUCUAUAUCAGAUGUCGCUCUCCUUCCCCGAUUUGCCGACACUCUGCUAAAGAGUACUGCUGACAAAGCGGCGUUCGAGGUUGGAGUUGCAGAAUUGCUUGAUUUCCUUCACUCAAGCAAUGGCGCUGACGGUGUCAAUGCCGUUUCUGGUUUGUACGCUUCCUUGAACGUUUCCGAGGCACUCAAGCCCGCGCAGCCCCUGCACCCACUUAGCAACUUCCCCGUGGCUCAGCUUUUGUCUUCUCCAGACCACGCACGAUGGCUUGGCGCAUGCCUCGAAUUCUACCACGACCUGUAUCGCCUGCAAAACUCUAUCGAGGACCAACGACGCCAAGCCCAGGUUAACAAAUUGAACGCUCUCAACAGACUUCAAAGAUCACUUGUUAGUGAUCGCGUGGCAGCUGUGUCAAAGGAUGCCACUGUGAAGCUAGCUUCGUUCUUGGUCUCUACGAUCAACACUAUUAAAGAGUGGCUCGGGUUCAGCUUCGAGUCUUCUGAGUCAUGGAUGGAGCGCGUUCGCAUUCUCAGAGGUGUUGUUCGCUAUCUUGAGCGCACUGUCCGGCUCACCACUGAAGACAACUUUGACGAAGCCAAAUUUCAGGCACACCUGGCACAAGGUGCAAACUUCCUUCAAAAACAGUUAUCUCUAUCGCAUGGCACCCAGGAGCGAGAAUUUGUUCUCCACCUCCUUGGCCGGCUGGGCAAAGACUUUACCGCUGGAUUCAAGUUGUCGACCGGUCUGAGCAUGGAGUUGCUUUGGCACGUUUUCCGCCCGACUCCUCUACCUACGAAGAUACUCUUGGAUCAAACACUAGAACUUGAAAAGCUGGGCUCUCGAUUCGAUACUUUACGUUGGAAGGCGGGAGCAACAAUUCCUGACUUGGCAAAGGCUAUGACAACCCUUCAGAAGGCCUCUGGAAUUAUCAGCAGUGAUGUUCCAAACGUGGACAGUCUUCUGGAAGCUCUCACUACAGAAAUUGAGUCCCUUGAAAGUCGAAUCGGUGCUGAUGAGGCUGAGCGUAUGCCUUUCAUGGUUGAAGAAUUCGAAUCACUUCGCCAGGUAGCAAUGCUUAGCCCCACCAACUCAGAUCACGCAGAGCUGCAAGUACUGUCUAAUAUCCCUACACAGGCUGGAAUGAUGCUAGCUAGCUCUGAACAUCAGGCUGCACUUCUCCAGUCAGUCGAGAAUCUGGUAUACCAGAGCCAAUUCUCUUGGGAUGGCAAGUUCGUGACGUCGUUCUGGUCAAAGUUACAACACCUGGGAUCAGUCAACUUGGGCUCUCUGGCUCUCCUUGAAGCCGAGCUCCCAAUUGCCGGUCGGCAGCUUGCGAUACUCAGCGCUGACUUGGUUCAGAACCCCCUGAUUAGACUGAACAAUGUGCUCUCCAACCUUCUUCUCGAGGUCUUCAAUGCUCAUGGCCAAGGCCUCAAGGACGCUGUUGUUGAAGCAGCACAACUUGUUUCUCAAGACCCCGCCACGAACUCGCAGGCUUUCGAAGGCAUUUUGACUCUCAUUGAACAAGAUCACUUCCGCCAAAUUGCCGUUGAGCACCUUAUCCCUGCUAUGAAGGCGCUCACUGCUUCGCAAGAGGACCUCCAAAAACAGGCACAUCUGUCAGCUUAUGCUUGGAUUCACUUCAGUAUUGGCACUGUCAAGCUGUACGUUCCCGACCGUGUCUUUGAUCCUCAGAGUAGGCCGAAGAUGGAACGCGAAUUUCUUCAAGAGAUGCACGCCCUUCUGGAUGAGCGAACUGGGUCACUUCGGACGUUUGAGAAGCUCUUUACCGGACAAGAUACGAAUGAGCGCAUCCGUCUCCUGGAAGCUGAAGCCACUGCCCUUGGCCCUCUUCCAGAAGAGGUUCGACCAAUCUACAGACCCGAUCAAUCAGAGCUCAGUCGCCUUCAUGCUGAAUUCUCGAACGUGCUGAAGGCCGUCACGGGCCCUACCCUGUCUUCCGCUCUUCAAACCAUUGACAACGACCCGAGUAGAGCGGCAGAAGAGUUACAGCUGGUGAAAGAAAAUGUACUUCGACUUUUGGACAGACUCUCUGCGCGCUUCGAAGCAUAUCAAGACAUGACACGGCCCGCCUCAAGCCUGCUUCGUUGCCUCAUGAUCGGACUUUCAUUAUGCGAUGCCGCAUCAGCUCGUAACUUGGCAUCUGCUUCUCAGCAGAUUCUUGAAGUUACUCCUUUCCUGGGUGGAGCCAUGUGGAACCAGAAGGACGGAGACUUCUCGUCGCGAACAUUUGAAUUCCUCAACUACAUGUCCGUCGUUGCCAGCGUUGAAGGUUUCGAGAACAUUGGCCAUGGUGCCCGUGAUAUGGUUUUCAAGAGCUUCCACAGCUUGUUCGACGAGUGGACCAAGAGACUCGAGGUCGAUCGCAAGGAGCAAGCUGCCAAGGGGAGCCUUUACCGCUUCCGCGGCUCCCUGGAGGAUGAAGAAGAGAUUGACACAGAGGAGUUCAACGAGCUAUUCCCCACUUUCGAUGACGAAGAAGCAGCGAAUGUGCCUUCCGCUAAGAAGCAAGAUGAAGUGCGUGACCAAUCUCUGCGUGUGGCACAAAUUCACAAGAACCUCUUCCUCACUCGACAAGACUUCGCUACAACAAUCAAGGAUGUUUGCAAAUCUGUGGGUGACAGAGUUACAUCGGAAACUAUUGACCACAAGAACAUCGACCGUAACCUGACAAGCAAGAUGCUGGCUGGUACCAUGUUCUUCCUGAACGACAAACUCGAGUCACUCGUCUCACCCACUGUGGACAAGGGCUACAACUUCUACACAGAUGCUAACGUUCCGGAAGCUCGUCAACUUGUUGCUCUCAUGCAUAAGAUCAAAGCUCGUUUCCGUGAGUUACAGAUGGUAGACGAGAUUGGCCAUAUGCAACCGUUGGCCGAUGUCAUUCAAGCUUGUGAUCAAGUUCUUGAACUUGUCCACAGCGAGCCGUUGGCUAAAAUCCUCCCCAAGGUUGAGUACCUUCACGGCCAUGUUUACGAAUGGCAAUUCGGUGGAUGGGCAAGCAAAAUCUACGGUGUUCUUGCUCUCCAUAACCUCCUUACCGAUACGGUCAUCCGCUGGCGACGAUUAGAACUAUCGACUUGGGCCAAUCUCUUUGACAUGGAACAGAAGAAAUGCCAGGAUGAUGCAUACUCAUGGUGGUUUGUGGCUUACCAAGUAGUCAUUGCCGUUCCCUUGUCUCUGGUGGAUGUCCCCAAAGAGAUGGAAGAGUACGCUGCUUCUCUGAUUUCAAGUUUGGAGAUGUACUUUUCCACCGCGAUCGUUGGCCAAUACGGAGCACGUCUCGCCCUACUACGUCAACUCCAAAGCCAUCUCAAGCUCCUGACUGAAGACUAUCCUGUGCUUCAAGUUAUAUUGCAUUCAUUGUCCAACUUUAUCCAAUAUUACUCUCGGUACGAGAAGAUCAUGGAGGAAACUUUGCAAAAGGGACGCCUUCCGAUUGAGAAGAAGAUGAAGGAUGUUCUGCUCAUGGCAAGCUGGAAGGAUACAAAUAUCAAUGCUCUUCGCGAGAGUGCUCGCAAGUCGCAUCAGAAACUCUUCCGAAUUAUCAGGAAGUUCCGCGGUGUUCUUGGCCAGCAGGCGAAGCAAAUCAUUGAGCAAGGCCUUCCUGACGAAGAAGUCUGUCGCAUGGCUCACAUCGACAACAAGUCUCCUGCUCCCGAGGUCCCGGCAGACGUCUUCUCCAAACUGAACGAGACCAUGCCUGAAUGGAUUAAUGGCCACAAGCGACUUGCCAACGUCUCCAAAACUGUCUCAGUCAUGCGCAAGAUCUCAGACAAUCCGGACUUGUCUAGCGAUGUACCACAGACCAUCGACGACUAUGUUUCUAGCCUCAGCGAGUCGAUGGUGGAGUUGCGAAAAGAAACACCACCCUUCCUGAAUGACGAGAAUAAGGACCAGGUCAAACACUUGAAGACAAGAAAGAGGAAAUUGUUCGCUGAUACCUUGCGUGACCUUCGGCAGAUGGGCCUCAAUUACAACCUAGGACAAGACAAACUUGCUGAACAGGAGUCACUAUCCCUCAUAUUAGCAUCCAUUCAGCCCGUACAACUCCCUGAGGAUGCUUCUACCGAUGCCAUGGACUAUCAUUUCCACAAGAUCCUUGACCUUGCUCCCAAGGUCAGAGAGGCGUCUAGAGACCACUCUGAGGAUUUGACAAGCGCUGAGAUUGCGCGAAGUGUUGGUUUCGUCGAAGGUAUGCUCAACCUCCUGCUCGCCCAGAGGAGUUUGAUCUCCAAUGGAGGCUCCUCGUUGUCGCUACUCAAGCGAUCAAAAUCACAAUUCCAUCACUUGAGCCUCGCCCAGGAGCACGGUGCUCUCAUCCGUCAGACAACUACAUCCGACUGGACGCGCCUUCUUCCCUGGCUCGUCCAAAUCCUCCAGUAUACCAUCCGCCUAGUGGAAAUCCACGAAAAGCUAGGAGAUGCCAAGCACACCAUGACUCUGGAGCAUCUGAAGUCGUGGUAUGGACGAUUCGAAUCCCUCCAUACCUCCACUGCCGGUCUCAAACAACUACCAGAAGGUGUAUCUUCUGAAGAAGCUGCCCUUGCGGAAGCCAAAUUCUCCAGCGAACUUACCAGCUUCCGCACCAGCCUAGAGGAUCUGAACAGAGAACAGCCGAAGCUCUCUUUUGUCUUUAUGCAGAUUGCCGGCUGGACUAAUAUUAGCGACGAGGUUCUAAACCUGACAUACAAUCGCAUGGAGCUAGGCACAUUUGCAAACGCUAUCUCGACACUUUGCGACAAGAUCCUCGUCGCUGUCGAAGGUGCAAAGAAGGCCGCGAAAGAAAUUCCCCGCAAGGAGAAUGAGCCUGGCUGGUUGACUAGCCACAGUGACGGCUUUGCGAACUUGUUUACCAAGCUUCGUACUGCAGAGGUUGAACGAAGUGUAACUGGUUGCAUCAAUAUGCUGCAGCAAAUUCAGCUCGAGGAUCAGCAUCUUGGCCAGGCAGCUAUGAGUCUCAUGGCUAUUGCAAGCCCGAUCUUGAGCGAAUAUGUUGAUCUGUCACAGCAAAUUUUGAUGCAGGUCGUCGACAUCCACAGUGCUAUAGCGCAUAUGGCCUACAAUAUGACCAAGACUUUCACUCAAAUCUCGUCUCAAGGAUUCUGCACCCCGCAAGAAAAGUCCGAUGAAACCUCUGGUGAAUCCGGUAAAGUGGAAUCCGGCACUGGCCUCGGUGACGGCGAAGGUGCCGAAGACAUUAGCAAGGAUAUCCAACCCGACGAAGACCUCUCUGAGCUUGCUCAAGAAGCCAACAAAGAGGAGAAUGGCGAAAUGGAAGAUGAAAAGGAUGCUGUCGAUAUGGCAGAUGAAGAGCUUGAGGGAGAUAUGGGCAGUGUUGACGGUGCCGAGGAUGACGAAGAAGGAUCGAAGAAUGGGGAUGAAGAGGAGGAGGAGAAUGACAUGGACGAAGAGGCCGGAGAUGUUGAUGACCUUGAUCCUACUGCUGUUGACGAGAAGAUGUGGGAUGGAGAUGAUGAAGAGAAGGCCGAGAAAGACCAGCAGGGCGAGAAGGCCAAGGGGCAGAAGAAGGAUGAUGAGCAGCUGGCGGGAGAUGAGGACGCUCAGAAACAGGAUGGCGAAGAACAACCAGACGUUGACGAUUCUGGUGAACAAGAUGCCGAGGAGGAGGAUGAAGCUGACGCGGAAGAAGAGGAUGUGAAGACCCAGGAGGAAAUGAACAAGCAAGAGCAGACCGCUCAGGAGAACGACACCCUGGCGCUCCCCGAGGACAUGGAUUUGGACCUCGGCGAUGAGCAGGAGCCAGCAUCAGACAGUGAUGACUUGGAUGAUCUGUCUGACAUUGAAGAAGAGAAGAAAGAAGUCGAGGACCAGGAAAUGGGUGAAGAUGGGGAUGCAGACUCGGACGAUGCAGCGGCCGAGACCCAGCUUCAAGAGGAGGCAGGAGAAGAAGCUGGAAUCGAAGAGGAUGAAGAUACACCCGAGGAAAAGGCUGGCGGUAAGGACGAGGUUGAUGAGGAAGUUAAACCAGAGGAAGAAGAGAAGGCAGAAGAACAGGAGGAUGCUACAGACCAGAACCAACCUCCUCAAGACAACGCCACGACGGACACCGACAAUGCAGCACCAAGCGAUGUCAAGACCUCUGGCCAAGAUCAGAAUGCGGACUCGAUGGAUGUCGACGAUAACUUCCAGAGCAAUGCCGCUCAACAAGAGGACGGCGAGAUGGGAGAAGGCGCUGCUGACCAGGAUACAAGCGCAGGAAACAAGGGGUCUACGUCACAGUCAAAGGAGAUUAUGGACAGAGCCGACCAAGAGCAAGACAAACCGGACUCAGCUCGCAGCGAUCCUUUCAAGAAGCUCGGCGACGCCCUUGAACGUUGGCAUCGACAGCAAGAGGACAUCAAGGACGCCGAAUCCUCCGAUGCCAACGAGCAAAAUGCGCCACAGGAUCCAAGCGCCGAUCAAGGUCGUAAGGAAUUCCAGCAUCUUCAGGAUGACGAGACUGCCACAGACACACAAGCUAUGGGAACCGCAGACGACGAACAGGUGCAACCCAUGGAUGAAUCCAUGGCCAUUGAUGAGGAGAAGCAAGAUCCUACAAGCCGUCUGAUGGAUGAGGACAAGGAUGAGACUGAGCAGGAUCCCGACCAAAUGGAUACCGCCGACACCGCCGAGGCGCCAGAUGCAAGCAAUCAAGAUGCAGACAAGGAUCAGGAUGACACCCGCUCAGGAGUCAAGACACGCCAAGGCAACUAUGAACGCGAGCUCAGUCCUUCUGAACAAGAGGCGCAAAUGCUGGAAGAGGACCAAGACGAAGCAGAUAUCCAGGAAACAUCGACUCAGCUCUCUAUCACUCACAUCUCGGACGAAGAACGCCCACUCCGAGACUUUGGAGAGUCGAUGCAGCAGUGGACUGAGUUCCAGACCAAGACACACUCGCUCUCGUUGGCAUUGACAUCUCAACUCCGACUCAUCCUUACACCUUCGCAGUCAACAAAGCUCUCGGGCGGUUUCCGUACUGGUAAGCGGCUCAGCAUCAAGCGUAUCAUCCCAUACAUCGCUUCAAGCUACAAGCGAGACAAAAUUUGGAUGCGGCGCAGCAUUCCGACCAAGCGAACCUACCAAAUCCUGCUCUGCGUGGAUGACAGUAAGAGUAUGGGAGAAACAUCGUCGGGUACCCUGGCGAUGGAAUCUCUGGUCAUGGUGUCACGCUCACUUACAAUGCUGGAGGCUGGACAAGUUGGUGUCAUGGGUUUUGGAGCCGACGUCUUCACCGCUCAUGGUCUUACAGAACCUUUUGCUUCGGAUGCUGGAGCCAAGGUACUACAGAAAUUCAACUUCUCCCAAGAUCGUACCGACAUUGGCUUGCUCAUUCAACGAACCAUUGAAACUUUCAGAGAGGCCCGACAACAGAGCAAUGGCAAUGCUGAUCUCUGGCAACUUGCACUCAUUCUUUCUGACGGUCUUACACCUUCGUCAGCCCAUGAGGGUAUCCGACGAAUGUUGCGAGAGGCUAUGGAGGAGCGGAUCAUGAUCGUGUUCAUUAUUAUGGAUGACACGGGCAAGAAGAAGGGCGAUAGUGUACUUGAGCUCAAGGAAGCCAAGUUUGUUCGAGAUGGCGGAGAGAGCAAAGUGGUGAUUGAGAGGUAUCUGGACACGUUCCCGUUCCAGUACUACUUGAUUGUCCACAAUCUCGAAGAGUUGCCAAGUGCACUGGCUGGCCUUUUGCGAACGUGGUUUGCUGAGGUCAACGCAUAG